AUGCAGGUCAAGAACCUCCUUCCCCUGGCUCUGGCCACCACCACUGCCCUCGCCCAGAACCUCACCGAGGCUCUGGCUUCGCAGAACUCGAGCCUGUCACAACUCACAGCGCUCUUGGGCUCCCAACCCGCCCUCGUCCAGGCCCUUUCCCAGGCCCGGGACCUCACCAUCCUGGCCCCGAGCAAUGAAGCCCUCGAGGAAUUCCUCAAGAGUCCAGGUGCAGCAUCCGCAGCUACCGACCCGAGCCUCGUCGCUGCCAUCCUCCAGUACCACGUCCUGAACGGCACCUACUACGCCUCCAACUUCACCCAGGAGCCGCAGUUCAUCCCAACCCUUCUCCAGAACCAGACCUACGCCAACGUUACCGGCGGCCAGCGCCUGCAGGCCCAGACUGUCGGCGGCAACGUCACUUUCUUCUCUGCCCUUCGGGAGAACUCGACUGUCGUCACGGGCAACGUCAACUUCACUGCUGGAACCAUCCACAUCAUCGACAAGGUCCUCUCCGUGCCCCAGGGUAUCAACACUACCCUGCAGGCUGCGAACCUCACCGCUGCCGUCGGUGCUAUUCGCACUGCCAAUGUUAGCACUGCGUUGUCCACUGCCAAGGAUUUGACCAUCUUCGUGCCCAACAACGAGGCCUUCCGCUCCAUUGGCAGUCUUGCCGGCAGCCUGAACUCGGCUCAGCUUGCCAGCAUUCUCAGCUACCACGUCGUUGCUGGCGAGGUUCUCUACAGCACGGAUAUCAGCAAUGCGUCCGUUGGAACUCUCGGCGGCGGUAACGCUACCAUUCGUGUCAUUAACGAAACCGUCUACGUGAACAACGCCAAGGUUGUCAUUCCCGACAUUCUCGUCGCAAAUGGUGUUGUCCACGUCAUUGACAGUGUCUUGAACCCCAACAACACGGGCGGCGAGCCUGACACGACCGCAUCGACCCGCCCGCCUGCUUUCACUGGUGCCAACACCGCCACCGACGGCGCGAACCCCUUCACCAGCGGUGUCCAGGGGCCGACUUCGACCGCUCCCGUCGCUACAGAGACCGGUGGUGGUGUCCGUGAGACUACGAGCAGCACCCAGGCCGCACCCAUGAGGACUGCUGCCGUCGGCGCGGCUGCGCUGUUCGGCGGUUUCGCUGCUUACAUCAACAUCUAA